GGGGCCGUACAAACAAGCUGGCGCCGGGCACCGGCUGCGCCGCUUCCAGGCGGGCGAGGUGUGCGGCACCGGGCGCUCGGUCCCCCGGCCCCCCCGCCACGCCGCCGCGGGGUGAGCCUCCCUCGGUUCCGCCGCCGGCACCCGCGGACGCCCAUGGAACAGCGGGGAGGGCGCUGCCCCACGGCUCCGCGCCCCGGCGCAAAGUUUCUGUUUGAGAAAUACGUGUUCACUCGGCAAAACAAAAACAACUUUUAAAGGUUGUUCUCGGUGGAAAUCACUCUAUGCCCCAUUACCUGCUUGAGUGAAACCAGACUGAGAACUUCUGUCAUGGCAGCUUUUCUGCUGGGAGCUGUGUUGCUUAUUGUUCAACCUCAGAUAGUGCCUUCCAGACCGGCUAUAAAUUCAAAAGCUGAGACAACUUCCCAGUCUGUUCAGAGAGAGCUUUUAAAGAAAACAUCUCAAAAAAAUGACUUCAAGGAAAACAUUCAUUCUAAUGGAUCAUGCCAGCAGCUGCCACAAACUAUCAUUAUUGGAGUGAGAAAAGGUGGAACCAGAGCUUUGUUAGAGAUGUUGAGUCUCCAUCCAGAUAUUGCGGCAGCAGAAAGUGAAGUUCACUUCUUUGACUGGGAAGAUCACUACAGAAAUGGAUUGCAGUGGUAUAUUAAUCAAAUGCCAUUCUCUUAUCCCCAUCAGAUCACCGUGGAAAAAACUCCAGCAUAUUUCACAUCACCUAAAGUGCCUGAAAGAGUUUAUAACAUGAACCAAUCCAUGAGACUACUCCUUAUUUUAAGAGACCCAAGUGAGAGAGUACUAUCAGAUUACACCCAAGUGUUCUAUAAUCACAUGCAGAAGCACAAGCCGUAUCCAUCCAUUGAACAGUUCCUGGUUAAAGAUGGUGAGCUCAAUGUGGACUACAAGGCAAUAAACAGAAGCUUAUACUACAUUCACAUGCAAAACUGGCUGAAGUAUUUUCCUCUUGAUCGUAUCCACAUUGUAGAUGGGGAUAAACUAAUCAAAGAUCCCUUCCCAGAAGUAGAGAAGGUAGAGAGAUUUCUGAAGUUAUCGCCACAGAUAAAUGCUUCAAACUUUUAUUUCAAUAAAACUAAAGGCUUCUACUGCCUAAGGGACAGUGGUAGGGAGCGUUGUUUACAUGAGUCAAAAGGACGAGCACAUCCACAAGUAGAUACCCGAUUACUUGAGAAACUCCAUGAAUAUUUCCAUGAACCCAACAAGAAAUUUUUUGAGCUUGUGGGCAGAACAUUUGACUGGCACUCAUUUGUGGCAAGUUAGUAGUAACUUUCAGAACUUAUGUUCCAGUGUACAUCUAGAAAUUUUAAAAAGGGCAUUUAACCUAUAAUUUAUUUGUAAAAUCCAUAAAUACUUCUGUACAGUAUUAGAUUCACAAUUGCCAUAUAUAUAUACUAGUUAUAUUUUUCUACUUGUUAAAUUUGAAAGCAUUUUGUAUUGUUUUUCAUGGUUGUUAACAUUGUGUAUGAUGUGUCUAUAUGAAGAAACUAAAUUAUUUCACUGCAGAAGAUGCUGUCUUGAGAAUGCAUUGUCUUUUUAAUAAGAAAUUCAUUUCAACAGAAACCUUCAGAAUUAUUUGAAUACUUUGGCCUUUCUGGACUGUUCUCGACUUUCUCCUCUAAUUCCUAAUGAAUAUGCUAAACUUUACAUUUCCACUUUUCUUGCUUUAAAAUGUAGUUUAAUAAUUUCUUUCUCAUUUGAAGAUAUUGUUGCAGUUAGCAAAUCGUUCCAUCCUGCUUUGUAAAAUUAUUUCCUGAUAAAAUGGUGGUACUUAUACAUGUUGGGACAUGCACACCUAAAGGACAAUGGAAGUUUCUAUGUAAUAUGACAUAUUAACUGCUGUACUUACCUUCGUAUUUAAUGUUAUAACAAGUGCUCCUCAAAUUCUUUGGCAGUACAGUGCAGGUUUCAUGGCAGAUUUUUGAAGAUUCUGUUGGGACCAGCUCAUAAAAUGCAGUUAGCUGCAGAAAUAUGGUCAACCUGAAAACUUCCUACAGUCUCUGAAUGUAUAUAUACUUCAUAAAGAAGGAGGGUUGAAAGAAGAAUUUAAGCAAUAUAGGGACACUUGCAAGGUUGCUUAUGACUGUUCCUACGUUUUAUAGCACACUUAUGCUUUGCCAUUACUAAAAAUGAAUGCUUACACCAGAAAAAUUAGUUGGUCUACAUUCCAAUAAGUGGCAACUUCAUUCAUAUAAAUAUUAGCACACUUGUACCCCAUUUAAGGCUGUUUUCUAUGAGUUGAGCAGCUGCUUCAUGCAAUUGAAAAUUGCCCGUGGACUACUGUUCAUUUAGUCUCCUUCCAAGAACCAUGAUGCCAAGUGUUGAUUAGACUUUUGUGUUGUGGGAUUAACCCCAAUUCCAGGAACUUUUAUGGUCUUCCAUCUGCUACAAAUGGAAGUUAGAUGUUAGUACAUUGGUAAAAUUUACAUCUCUCCUUGUGUAACAGUAGUUAUGAUGUCUUGUUAGCAAGCAAUUUCUGGAGUCAGUUAAUCCUGUUUCCAUGUGAUGCUUACUAUGCUACUUUCAUUCUGAGCUCCUAAUUUUCAUUUUAUGAUCUUGAGUUUGGCCAUUGAAUGUGCGGUGGCAGCAUUCUGUAAAUUUGGAUUUGUAAUUGAUUGUUACAAUCCUGUAUAAAAUUUAAAUGUAGAUUCAUUAAUUUUCUGGUGAGAUGGUGCAAACUUGGGCACUAUGACAAGGGUACCGUCUGGAUGCAAAUAUCCCAUAUUAUGCUAAUUGCAUGAAAAUUUGCAGAUGCUGCCCCUCUCUCUCCUGUUCCUUGUGCACCUGCCCAAGCUGUAUUCAACCUCAGAGAGGUUGGUGGUGUUUUAUAAAGUAGACCUUUGAUGAAAGCCUACAAUGAAAUGGUAUUGUACUCAAUAAAAUAUUUUCUGAAUUGCA